UUCUUUUGUCUUUCUAUAAUUUAACACUCUGUCUCCUCCUCUAAGGUGGAUCCUGUUUUAGUGAAUAAUUAAUUUAUUAUCUAGUUUAAUCCACACUGUACUGAUGCAUCAUCCUGGAUUUUCUACCAGUUGUUUUAAUUACUUCUUAUGAGUGCAGGUAUAAAGGGCAACGAACAAAUUGGAAAAUAUUCUUGGAGUUUAGCUUGUGAUAUUGGCAGCUAGAUGGACAAAAAGCAAGGAAAAUAUGUAAUGAAUGUUGAACACUCUGAAAAUCAGCCACCAGUCAUGUGUCCAAAUGACCAAGAGGCUCCCAGCUCCACACGCUGGUGUCCACCUUCAAAUGAUACAACCUGUGAUGUCUCCUCCAACUUGACUGGGGUCUGGGUGAGCCCAGGCAUCCUUCAACAUUCCAGAUGCCCACAGCCAGAAUCAUGCAACAUGCAGUUGAAAGGAAGUUGCCGCAAUGACUGGUCCCUGUGGAAAGUCUUCCUGGCUUGUCUCUUAGCCUGUGUGAUAACGACAGCAAUCGGAGUGCUCAUAAUAUGCCUGGUGAAUAAUAAAGGCAAUGGCAAUGUCUCCGUUGUUAUCCAGCUGCCUAGAAACAGUGGAGAGCCUAUAGUUACCUCACCUGGAACAACCUCUACGACUCCUCAAACUAUAGUGACCACUUCAACAGAACCCACAAUGACAACCACUUCAACAGAUACUACAACUGCUACAACAGCCACAACCGUCACUUCAGCUGAACCUACAACCCCUACCACUUCAACGCGGCUUGCAACCACAACAGCUACCCCUACCACUUCAAGUGGAACCAGAGAUACCUACACUUCAACAACUUUAAUAAAACCAAGCGCUUCUAUAAAUCUAAGGUAGCUGACAACCAAAACACUCACCACUUCCACCAUGUCUUUAACUGAAUCCACAACAUUUACUUCAAAUGAAUCUAUACAGCCACGACCACUUCCACUUACCCUAUAACUACUGUAACUUCUAUUUAACCUGCAGUAACAAUGCUCAUCACUUUCCUUCAACAAUUUAUGAUCUCCACCUAUUCAUCUGAACCUGCAACCACAGCUGCCACUAUUACCACUUUAAACUUAAUAGAACUACCAAAAAUCAUCAAAAUGACCUGUUCCAUAUCAAGUUACCCUGUAAUUAUUACCACUAAAAAUCAGCCUACAACUACUCCUGCACCGGUCUUCCCCCAAAUUGAAAUUGUAGCUACCGGUUCUACAAUUGUUAUUUCUAUAUCAUUGCUAUUAGAACCCUAUACCUACAGCAGCUACCACAAUGCUACUUAACGAACAAUAGUUUGGACUACAAAUAAUGUAAUAUUUGCCCUAAUCAUCACUAUAUCAACACUUAGGAUUUCUAAAACUGUUAAACUCUUUUUAUUUUUGACAC